AUAAGAUUUUGAUAUAAAGGAUUAAACCUCUCUAAAUAUUUUCAUUUAAAAUAGAAAAACUAAAGAAAACUAAAACCCUGUUCCUGGACAGCUUCCGAUGAAGAACAUUCAUCCAAUCCUAUGAUCAUAGACCUCCACACCCUCUUCAGGUGAAUGAAAAUGGAUUUGAAACAUAAAGGUAUAUCAUGGGUUGGAAACAUGUUCCAAAAGUUCGAAGCAGUUUGCCUGGAAGUGGAUAACAUUAUAAACCAGGAUAAGGUCAAAUAUGUUGAAAACCAGGUUAGUUCAGCAAGUGCAAAUGUGAAGAGAUUAUACUCUGAAGUUGUUCAAGGUGUACUUCCACCUAAAGGGGAUCCCAUGACAUAUGAAGCUAAAGCACUGGCUCAGAGGGGGCAUGUUCCAAUUAAUGCAUAUUUCAGGUCACCGUCACACAAUGAAGGAAAAGCUGCAAGUAAUGUUGUUAAUAAAUCAUCUGUGGGGCAUGGUACUAGUACUACUGAUCAAAUAGAUAACCGAAGUCAAGCAUAUUGUCAAGUUCCCUUUGUAAAUGAAGAAGUUGCUCAAGUUCCUAAUCACUUGUCUUUAGAGUUGAAUGCUGAUUUACCUUUGAAAAAGAAUGAUGAUGUCUUUUUAGAUAAAGGCUCGCCCGAGAGCAUGAAAGAAAAUACCGUUGGUGAACUACUUUCAAAGAAUAAUGAUGGCUCAUGUACAGAUAAGCUUACCCUCAUGGAGUCCGAUGCUAGUGAUCCUUUGAAGCACUCACUAAGCAAUGUAAAUACAGACAUUAAUGAUAUUAAGAAAAGAGCUUCUUCGGUUUGUGAAGGCUUUGAUAUGCAAUUGGAGGACGAUGUACUUUUAGUAGGGAGCAAUGAUGGGGUUGUGACAAAUAAAGAUGAAAGUAAGAGUUUUAAAGAAAAUACUGUCAAUGAGUUACUUUCAGAGAAAAAUGAUGGCUCAUUGACAGAUAAGCUUUCCCUCAUGGAGUCAGAUGCUAGUGAUCCUUUGAGUCACUCACUGAAUAAUGUAAGUACUGGAAUUAAUGAUGUUAAUAGAAGAGCUUCUGUGGUUUAUGAUCGCUUUGAUCUGCAAUUGGAGGAUGAUGUAUUUUUAGUAGGGAACAAUGCUGGGGUUUUGACAGAUAAAGAUGAAAGUACGAGUUCUGAAGAAAAUAUAUAUGAACUACUUUCAGAGAAAAAUGAUGGCUCAUUGAGAGAUAAGCUUACCCUCAUGGAGUCAACUGCUACUGAUCCUUUGAGUCACUCAUUGAGCAUUGUAAGUACUGAAAUUAAUGAUUCUAAUAAAAAAGCUUCUUUGGUUUGUGAUGACUUUGAUAUGCAAUUGGAGGAUGAUGUACUUCUAGUAGAGAACAAUGACGGGGUUUUGACAGAUAAAGAUGAAAGCAAGAGUUCUGAAGAGGAUAGCUCCAUGAAGUUCAAUGCUAGUGAUCCUUUGAAGCAUAUGGCUAAUUGUACACCUUGUGAAGUUAAAGUUACAAAUGAUGAAGCAAUUCUGAUUUUGGAUAAUUCUCAUUUACCAGUGGAAUCUUCCAAUCUCUCAUGGAAGAAUGAAGGCAACUUAUCAAAUGAAAGCUCAGAGUUUCUAAAGAAGUCUGUCACCAUGGAAUCUAACACUGCCGAUCAUUUGAAUGAAAACCAUCUUAAUCAUGUAUGGAGUGGAACAAACUUUGUAGGUAAAGAAGCUGAUGAUUCUAAUUUUCUUUUGAAAUCUGUGGUGCCUUCGGGCAGGAUGGAUCAUGUCAUGAUGGAUAAAGACUUCAAUAAGAGUUCUUUGAAGGGUGCUAUCUUUGAGGAUGAUCCUAGAAGUCAUUUGUUAAAUCUACCCAGGCAUGCAAAUGGAAUUAGCUUCACCAACGAAGAAGCUAUUAUGGUUUUUGAUAGAAAUCAUCUGCAGUUGGAGACGGAGAUACUUGCUAGAAAGAAUGACGAUACCUUGACCGUUAAACACUCCAAUGAAAGUUUAAUAAAGGAUACCAUCUUGGAGUUGGAGCAUGAUGCGAUAUAUCCUUUAAAGAACCAGCCAAGAUGCACAUCAAACAGCACCGAAUAUAAAAUUGAAGAAGUUUCUUCAGUUUCAAAUGAUUCUUUUCGAAAGUUGAAUAGUGGGGUUAUUUUGGGGAAGAACGUUAAAGCUUUAACAGAUAAAGCAUCAGAUGUAAGUUGUAAAGAACAGGCCAAUUUAGAAUUAUCAACUGAGUUAACUUUGCAUUGUGGUGAAGAGUCAAUUAAGGAAUCUUUAUGCAGUUAUGGUAAUGAAUGUGAAGGGGACAUUGUGACCUUAAAUGGAAGUCUACAGGAAACUUCGAUUCAUUGUGCAGAUGUUGAAUCCAUCCAUAAUGUAGAACAAGCUUCCAGCUUCUUGGUAAACAAUUUACUUGGUUUUUCACAAACAAAGGAGACAACUUCGAAGUACUUGGAAAAUGGAAUUGGUUAUUCUUCUAAUGCUGUAGAUGCUACUUCUUCUGAACGGGCUUCAAUAGUUUUAACUAGUGGGGAAACUGUGGAAGAGACAAAGCCAGUCUCCUCUUUGAAACCCCUAGCAAAGGGUUCUUUUUCUGCUUUCAGAAGUUCGGUCAGCAACCUUUCUAGUGGCACUGUUGUCCAUGAAAAACCUGUUGAACAUAAUGCACACACUGAAUGUAGAUCUCGUUCAUCGUUUCCAGUGUUCAAUAAUCCAUCUUAUGGAAACAACGCUUCAAAUAUGAAACUUGCCUCCUCCAGAAGCUCCUUAUCAUCAAUGGAAUCAUUAGUUGGGACUCAUGCUUCAAGAGCCAAUGAUACUACAUUUCUUCCUAAAUUCUGUACCGGAAGGCAGGGUGAUAUUUCCAAAUCUACUAGUUCUAGGAAUCCAAGUUUCUCUACUGAAGGUUGUCCACAUGAUUCCAACGACUAUAUUUUGGAUGCGGAACUGGAAACAGUGGAUUUGGGACAUAAAGUGAGCCAUGAAGAUAAAUGUGACCUUGACUAUAAAGCUCUCCAUGCUAUCUCUCGCAGAACCCAAAAGCUCCGUUCUUACAAGAAGAGAAUCCAGGAUGCUUUUACUUCCAAAAAGAGGUUGGCAAAGGAAUAUGAACAACUAGCAAUCUGGUAUGGAGAUACUGAUAUGGAAUUCAGCACAAACAGUCCACAGAAAUUGGAGAAGGAGAAUCCAUCAACUAAUUAUCUAUCUGACUCUGAGUGGGAGCUCCUGUAAAUAAGACAACGAAUUUAGUUUGUCUCUGCAAUCAAUAUUGUUUUCAGGUGGAGGAGAAUCCUCCGUGCUGAAGAUCAAGAGAAAGCUAGUCUGUAAAUACCUUACUGUAGUCACCUUAUCUGUUGCAGGGCAUGACACCGGGCAUAAGUAACCUUGGAAAUUUCAAAAUAAACGAGUUAUAAUAAAUUUUGCUGCACAUAAUGCACUCUUUCUGGGCUGUGAACCUAUGAUGUUUUAAUUAAUUAAUUAAUUUAAAUAUACAUAUCUUUGGUAAAUAAAGCUGUCUUGUUUUUUUUUUC